CUCUAAAUUUCCUAAAUGCAAGGCCUUGCCACACGUCGCAGUUUCUUCCAACCCCCUGCGCCAAAACGACACGCCAAAGGCUCUCACUAGCAGACACCUGUUCACAACAAUUCCAACCGCCACAAUGUUCGAACUAAAGCCAACCCCAAGAACCAAAGAAUUUCCACUUUUCUGUUCCCGAAACCCAAGCCACAGCCAAAACCAAAACCAGAGAAAAGAAUUAUGGAGAAGAAAAUGUUGCUAGAAGUUCAAAAGAAAAGACCCAUUAAGCGUAAUAAGAAGAAACUGCUCAAGAAAGUCAUAGACUAUCUCAUUUCUGACUCUUACAUGUUUGCUCCUCUAAUUUCUCAUCCACCUCACGGCUUUAGCUCACCCAUGAAGACAAGGGCAUCUAUUACAGGAGUGGAAGGAAGGAAACCCAUUAAAGGAAACAACAAGAGGUUGCUGAAGAAGGUUGGGGACUAUCUGAAGUCUGACUCUUACAUGUAUGCUCCCCUGCUUGCUUCACCUCCAUCAGCCAGUACUAGUAGCCCUCCUAAAGAUUCCCCAUGAAAGUUGUCUUAAUCAGCCAAACAAAAUCAUGCGUGAAUCAUGUUUGAUGCAUGUGAUCAAGCAUAGCAACUUAAGAUGUUAGGAGUGGUGGUGGUUAUUUAAUUUAUACUUUAAAAACUUGGAGCUGGUGAAGUAUGACUGGUCAAAAUUAUAUCGAAAAAGAAAAGUAAGAAGAAGUUAGUCGAAGGUAAAUAUGACUUGGGGCUCCAAAAUGAGUUAUGAAGCAUGUUACUUGAUAUUGUAAAUUUAUGGUACUUAUGUUGGUGUCAAGAAAAUAAUCAUAUUUAUAGGAUGAGUGGCUGUAGUCAUAAUGUUUAUCACUGUAAAGUUAUUAAAAGAUUUUACAGCCAAGUUCUAAAAGAAGUAAAAGGAAAAUAUUUAUGACCCAGUUCUACCUAAGCUGGGUCUACCUUGGAGGGGAUCUUGACACUAUUAUGUGUGUCUGUGCAUGUGUGUUACUGUUUACUGAACAGUAGGAGAGAUGGCCAACAAUCUCUUGCUUUUCUUAUUAACGUUUGGAAGUUUUUUGGGUUUUGUAGAGAAUGUGGUACCAACCUUUUAAUCGAAAGAACAUCUAUUAGAAGGCAUAUGUACAUGUGUGUGUGCCUAUGUGUGUGUGUGUGUGUGUGUGUGUGUAUAAAAGUUGGGAAAAAAUACAUCUGUGGCACUGCCAAUCUUUGGUGUUUUCUGCAGUUAGAGUGGAGUUAAAAAUGAAGAAACUCUUAAAAAUGUUGUUUUUAUACUUUAAUUAGCUGAACUUUUGGGUGGUGUUUACCUGAUGUAGGCCUCUUCUUGAAAUGCAUCCAGGUACACCCAGUUGGCCUAGAUAUAAGUUAGGCACUGAUUUGAAGUACGUCGUUGGAGCCUUCCAAGUUUAUUGGCAUUCACAAUAGAGUUUCACCUUUUUCCUGUUUGAUUGGGUAAUUAACAUAAGAAUCAAUUGAUGGGGUCAAGUUAUGAGAAACCAUUGGUGCAAAAGCAGCAUCAAUUGCUAAGCGUGCUUUUGAUACCAUUAAAUAUGUUGAUGCCCAAAAUUGGACACAACUUAUAGAAGGUCUACCUCAGUCGCGUGGCCCCUUCGGCAGAGGUGUGGUACCGGCCGAAGGCUCUCCGAUGCUAAAGUUAGCUUAAGGAUAGAGAAGAUAAGUAAUUGGAUAGAGUUCUCUAAGUUUACUAUUACUUUGUGCAUUAGUGCAAGAGCCCUAUUUAUAGGCAAAAGGGGUGGAGCACCUUGGGUUAUAGUUUCGAUGUGGGACUGUGGACAUAGCUCUAGGGGUCGUCAUGUGUCCACAUGAAAGUGGCAUGGCAGGUACCUUCAUUGAGCCGGAUCGGCAGGUGAGGUUGCCAAGGGCUCACCCCUGCUGAUGGUACUUACGAGUUCCAGUGACUAGGCGGGGCCAUGUCGGCUUCUGCUCUGUGGGCCAUUUGUUCCACGUGUCCAGUUGAGAGGGUUUGGUCAAAAUAUAUUCAGAGUUAUGCUAUGAUAAAAUAUGAGUUAUGUUGGUGCCUCUGCCAUAGGUUUUUGUUGGUUCUAUAUUCUUUAAGCAUAUAGGAUUAUAUUGCAAUUUAGAUUGUGGUUUCCUAGAACUUUCAGAUAAUAAUUUAUACACAGGAAAAGCAACCUCACAAAGAUGUGAGACCUUGACAGUGGCUCAAGGAGUGACAAAGCUGAUGCUUAGAAUUUUGUUUUCUCUUUUUGUUUUAUUUUCAUACACCUUUGAGAUUGAAACUCUCAUCAAAUUGAAAUUCUAUCUGUCCAUCCCAUGUUUUGGCAAUUUUCGAUAAAUUUUUAUUUUUGUGAGAUAAAUCAAGGCUAGAGAAAUGCUAAGGGUAGCUGCCGGUGAUUUGCAUGUGUGAGUGAACCCAUGCAUUAGAACUUCAUGUAGAACAGGCAGUCAGGAUUGCUCAGCAUUCCUUGAAUUGGAAGGCCGUUGAGGAGGAAGCAGUAUUGUAGCCAGAAAUCUACUUUUUAGUAUGUUGGUUCUGGCAACUGAAAUCACCUAAACUUGUGAGGUACUGAGGGCUUCAGGUGCGCAAUGUAAUGUAAUAUGCAUCACAGUGAGCAUACAAGUUGCAAAAGUCUGAUGUUUGGCCUGCUCUUUACUGAGCACUCAAACAGUAUUCUGUUUGUUAAAAUAGAGACUCUGCUUCCUUUUGUUUUCCUCCUCUUUGGUAAGCUUGGAGGGAAAAAAUAAUUAGAACAGUGAGCCACCGCCAGAAGACCAUUUAACAAAUAU